AUGCAGCUCCACAAGGAUCCCAAGCCCUGGCUGGAGCAUGGCUACGCCCCGUGGUGCCCCGCCUGCCAGAGCCUGCAGCCCGAGUGGGAGAAGUUUGCCGAGUGGGGUGAGGACCUGGAGGUGAACAUUGCCAAGGUGGAUGUCACGGAGCAGCCGGGAUUAAGUGGACGAUUUGUCAUAACAGCCCUUCCCACCAUCUAUCACUGUAAAGAUGGAGAGUUCAGGAGAUACCAGGGUGCAAGAACUAAAACUGAUUUCAUAAACUUCAUCAAUGACCAGGAAUGGAAGUCGGUUGAACCUGUUUCAUCCUGGUUUGGUCCUUCCUCUUUCCUGAUGAGCAGUAUGUCAGCUUUGUUUCAGUUGUCCAUGUGGAUCAGGCACUGCCAUGGUUAUUUAACAGAAAAUGUUGGAAUACCUGUUUGGGGCUCCUAUGCUAUUUUUGCCUUGGCAACUCUCUUCUCAGGACUGAUACUGGGGCUGAUAAUGGUGUUCUUAGCAGACUGUAUCUGCCCAUCCAAGAGGCACAGACCAGCACCCUACCCACACCCAAGAAAACUAGCUCCAGCAUCAGCUCAGCUGCUGAAAAAGCUGGAUGAAGAGCAAGAAGCAGAUGAGGAAGAUAUAUCAGAUGAUGAAACAGAGGGUAAAAAGGUGUCCAGCAAGGACUCAUCACCCAACCCGGUGAGGCAGCGCCCUGUGAACCCUGCUGCUACAAUGGAGAAAUCUUAG